AUGUUCUUCCUUGCCUCUCUCCUUUCUUUACUGGCCCUCUCUUCGGCCUCGCCUAUUCAUAAACGAUACUCAUCGGUUAAGAUCCAAUCCAAUCGAAACGGUCAAUGUCUCUCACCGCAAGGGGAUGCCCUAGCCAACGGUGUAAGAGUCGGUACACUACCAUGUGAUCAAGCUAAAACAUGGGAUAUAGACCCUGGUUCAGGUUCUGUGAUUUUGAGUGGAACGAAUCUCGCUUUGGAUGCUGGGACGGGUAAUGAUAACAAUGAGAUUGUCAAGCUGUGGACUAGUUAUCCAGGAUUAUAUCAACAGACCUGGUAUCUCACUGACGAUGCUCGAAUUGCCAUUACCGGUGGAACCCAAUGUCUAGAUCAAGGUAGUGAUCAGGAAGUUUGGAAUGUUUUACACGAGGGGGGUAACACACCUACUCCCGAACCUGAGCCGCAACCCAACCCUGCUCCAGGUAAGGGAGCUAUCAAAGCCCGAGGAUACGAUGGUUUAUGUGUAACUGUGUCGGGCGGUACUGAAAAUAAUGGUUCUACCGUUGAUCUUUCGAACUGCUUCGAAGACAGCUGGCCAUUUGCUCAUCUACAACGAUGGCAACCCCUGACUGGAAAAAGCGACGUCGACAAGUUGGCUCUUACCGCUCAUCCUCAUCUCUGUUUAUCGGCCGGUGAGAAUCCUUCUAAUGGUGGUAGACUUCACCUGAACGCUUGUGAUGGCGUUACCACGGGACAAUGGGAGAGGACCAAUGGUGGGCAAUACAAGUUAUUCAGAACUAACCUCUGUAUUGAUGUCAAGCUAGAAUCCCAAUUAUUCCCUCAAAAGCCACAUGCUAUAUUCAAAGAACUUCAAAUUUGGGAAUGUGUCGAGGGGAAUACCAAUCAAGUGUUCGAUACAGUUUUAUGA